AUGCCAGUUGUGGUGCUGGCUGCCUUCUUCCAGCAGUCGGCCAGCAGCCCAGGCCUGCAGGCUGCGGGUCUCAUAUCCGCCUGCGUGGGGCUGCUGAUGUUUCUUGACGGACUGCGGGUGUGCAUCAUGCCGCUGGCUGAGGAGGUCGGGAGGAAGCUGCCGCAGCGGCUGCCGCUGCCGCUGGUCAUGGUGGUGGCCUUCUGCCUGGGCGUGUUGGUGACAUAUGCCGAGCCAGCCAUCGCUGCUAUUCGCCCGCUCUCGCGGCUGGUGGACCCUACCAGGGCGCCGUACCUGUUUGUGGUCAUGAACCAGCGUGUGGAGGCUAUGGUGUUCUCAGUGGGCGCAGGCGUGGGCCUGGCCGCCGUGCUGGGCACGCUGCGCUUUGUCAAGAACUGGCCGCUGAAGCCCAUCGUCUUCGCCUCGCUGCUGCCAACAGUGGCGGCCAGCUGCUACUGCCAGUGGGGCAACCCGCACCUGAAGCCGCUGCUGGGGGUGGCCUGGGACCUCGGGGGAGUGACCACGGGGCCCGUCACUGUGCCCAUCCUGCUGGCCCUGGGCAUCGGCGUCAUGCGCACCAGCAGGCAGCAGCGGCUCGCAGCCGCGGCCCUGCAUAACAGCGUCGCAUCCAACACGGGUCAGGCGCUGGAAGGUUUUGGGAUUGUGACCUUGGCUAGCCUCCUGCCUGUGCUGGCUGUGCUGCUGAUGGGCAUAGCCUUGUCUCUGGAGAAGGGCUACAAUGAGGUUUUGGCAAUGGCGCUGGAGGCGGCUGCAACCCCGGUCUCAGAGUCGCCGGCGGACACGUCGCCGGUCCGCGAGGUCAUAUUCGCUGUGCGCUCUAUAUCACCCCUCAUUGUAGCCCUCCUGCUGCUCGUGAAGCUCGUGCUGAGGGCGCCGCUCCCACGCGUGUCAUUCUGGCUGGACGGCGCAGGCGGCACGGAAGCCGCCAGUGUGCCACCGGCCACUCCAAAGCCACCAGCCAAAGCGGCGGCGGCGCGCCCGGGCGACGUUGGCAUUGCCCUGGGACGUGGCACGCCAUCAGACGGGGGAGUCGCGCCUGCCGACGAUCGCGCCUCGAGCCACGACGCUGAGGUCACCCUCACGACAUCCAACAACCCCAACUGCGCAGCCGUCCAUGCGUCCGCUGCUUCUGUCAACGGCCAGCUGGGGCGGGGAUGCAUUGAGGGAACACCAGCCGGUGCCGGGGGCCCCGUGCCGCCUGGCAAGCAAGCAGCGGCGCAGCAGGGGCGGGGACCAGACGGCAGGCAGGCAGCGGGGCGGCAAGGGGCCGGAGGGGCUGGUGGCUGCUGCAGCGGCGGGCGAUGGCGGGCGUGGCUGGAUGACUUUGGGCCGCUGGUCUUGGGUGUUGCCAUGUGCCAGGUUGGCAUGAUCCUGUUCAACAUCGGACUCACGUACGGCUUCACUGCCCUGGGGGACCAAACAGGCACGACACUGCCGGCGGCGUACAUGGCGGUGCCCUACGAUCCCAGGUCCCCCUACUACAGCUUUGCGGGCGGUGUCGCAAUCCUGAUGGUCACCGUCAUGCUGCUGGGAGUGCUUGCUACAAACGCUGAGCCCGCCCUCAACGUGCUGGGAGCCACCGUGCAGCGGCUGAGCAACGGCCGCUUCACCAAGCGCAUGCUCAUCGGCGCGGUGUGCGUUGGCGUCGGAGUCGGGAUGUGCGUUGGGGCUGCCAAGAUCCUGUGGCAGCUGCCCCUCCUGUACUUCAUCCUGGCCAAGUACGCUGUCGCCAGUGCACUGACGAUUCUGGCCGAAGACUCUGUCACUGCGGUCGCUUGGGACUCAGCCGGCGUUACCACAGGCCCCGUCACCGUGCCGUUCGUGCUGUCCAUUGGCAUCGGGUUCUCCAAGGCCGUCAACGCCAGCGAAGGCUUCGGGAUGCUCACCAUCAUGAGUGUGGCCCCCAUCAUCAGCGUCCUGAUGACCUCCCUGCUACGCAAGCCCGCCAAGGCCGUCGCAGACGCCGCAGCCCGCGGGGGGCAGGCCGCCCUGGCGCGCGUCAGCCGCGGCCUGGAGCGCACCAGCCGGUCACUCGCCACCAUCAGCAGCCGCGGCCUGGGGGCGUCCCUGGACCGCACCAGCCGGCCGCUCGACCGCACCAGUCGCGGCCUGGAGCGCGCCAGCCGUACAGGUGGGUGA